AUGGCCAUCACCGAACUUGUUUUCCCGCAAAUCAAGACUGAUCCAGCCUCGCUCAACGAAAUUGAAAGAGAUUGGCCGAUCAUCAGCAAAAGAUUAACUGACCCUAACCCCGGUCUAAUCCACGCAUUUCGUGGAUGGGUUUUGACGGAAAAUGGACAGGAUGUGAGAGACGCACACAAAGAAGUUCUCCUUUUCGAAUGGAAUAAAGCUGAAUCUUUCCAUGCCUUCGCUGGCUCCGAGCAAUUUUCUGCUUUCGCUAGCUCGAUUAGGCACUUGGUAAAUGGACCACCUACGCUGCAACUCUUUGAAACAAAUUACUCCCCUAAAGAUGUGGCUUCCGCGCCUGUGGUGGAGAUCACUCGGGUGGAACUUGAAAACCCGAAGAGCGUUGAAGGUGCACUGCGGACCUGGGAGAGAAUUUCUCAUUUCCUCGCGAGCACCGGUGUCAAAGCCUCUGUCCUGUACGGAAGGAGCUCGAACCUAGAUGAAGAUAUCGUUAUGGGAACCAUAGGAUGGUCAAACCUAGAGGAUCGCUCUCGGGUGUCUCAUGAGGAGGCUUUCGCGGAGGCGCUGGACACUCUCCAGACGCUUGGAGAGGUGUCGAACAUCACUAUUGAUGUUGAUGCAAUGGAGCUUUGA